AUGUUAAGUUAUCUAUCAAUAUUGAAUGAUCUCAAGGACAUUAGAGAGAUACGUGGCUCACUGGAUAUUAGUGGCUUCAAUAAAGAGACUUUUCCAUACUUAUCUAACUUGAAAACUGUUGGUAAUGAUUCCAGUCAAGUUUUAUCACAGUCAUGCAAUGGAUCAAGUGACUCAAUUCAGUUUUCAAUUAUAAUAGCUAAUACUGAUUUGGUUAGCAUUGAUCUCUCAUCCCUUGAAGCUGUCAUCAAUGGUGGUAUACAAUUGGAGAAUAAUCCUUCUUUAUGUUACCUUGGGAAUUUGAGCUACUACCUGGCCAAUGCAUCAUCAUCAUCUUGUGUGCUGGAUAAUCACAAAAGAAGUAUUGAUGAAUGUGUUGAAAUGAACAUGACAUGUCAUUCUCAAUGUUCAUCUGCUUCUGGUUGGUGCUGGGGACCUAAUGAUACUCAAUGUGUGACUUGUACAAACUUCAGCUUUAAUGGACAGUGUGUGCCAGAUUGUCAUAACUUUGAUGCACAUGGAAUGUAA